AUGUUUCGUCUGUGUUGCAAGCGUUAUGUAGUGUUCACUCAAGCUAUCCCAUAUCUCCAAAAAUUUUCGAAAGACUUUUUCCUAAAAGGACAUCCUCUCAGCUCGAGCAAUAUCUGGCUCGACGAGAAUGACUUUUUCGUUAAUCAAAGUACUUCCCAUUUUGGAAAGUCCAGUUUGUUGAAGAUCAACUCGUUGAGUCACCAUCCCAAAUACUCACCGUAUGCGAAGUGCGUGAAUAAGCGAAAAUACAAAAAAACUACCCCCUCUGCCUCAUCCCCCUCUCUAGAAGUCCCCUGUGUGGAUCCCGACACGAAGCCAAUCAAUUGCCCCAAUGCUCGAAAAAAACGGGCUGGUGACGUCGUGGAGCAAUCAAUCAAGGUAAAAUCCUUGGACUUGAAUUACAAGAUCCCCGUCUGUAGCGUUUACAUUUACCGUCAUAUGUACUUGUUAAAUAUGGAUCAGAUAAUGGAGGACACCCAAAACAGGCAGGAGUUAUUUCUGUCUGAGUUCAAGACUUCCCCUGGGAUGGAGGUGUCCAUGUCCAUUAACUCACGGAGGCCGUUUUCUUUUUUCAUUCAGAAGCAGUUACAGCAGUUGCAGCAGAUCCACCGGUACAACUCAUGUUGGUGGGGCACCAUGGUACAAUGGCGGCGCCUGGGGGCGGCGUUACAGUUUUCACAGAACCAGCACUUGCUGUACCAAAAAAUUUAUACCAAACUGGUCCACAUCUCUUUGAUCGACAACGCAGAGGAGAUUCUACAGCACUGUUAUAUUUCUGGAAAAAGUGGCACUUUUUUUAACCUACUUUUGAAAAAUAAUCCGGAUAACAAGCUUGACAGUGCGUAUUGUGAUUCUUCGCUUGGUCAUAUGCAGGGUGGUAUGCAAAUGGGGGUUUCAAAUUUCGAUGUUCAAGGGAUCAGUCCUGCCAGGGGAUCGAUCCAUGGUGCUACUGGGGAUAUGACGCAUAACUGUUAUUCAUCUUCACUAUUUGGUCAUUCUUCCUAUUUUUUUAAUAUUAUGAACGACAUGAAAUUGCAUCGACAUGCAGUUCCUUUGUAUUUCAGCAUGACUCAGCUACAUCAAUUCAAACUAAAGCUGCGGGGCGAUGCCUCUGGGGUCUCUUUUAAUGAAUACGAUAAUACGAUACCCCCUUCUUUGAAACAUUUGGACCAAGCUCAAGAUGAGAACUUAUUUUAUCAGGGUUUCUCAGGAGCUAUGUCGCCAAAGACCUACUUCUACCACCUAUCUCAAGUUUAUUUCCCGGAGUCGUUUAGGCUGCCGCAGCACGUUAUCGCAGCAGAGCUAGAGUAUACGGUAGGGAGUCCCCUGAACGGACUGACAGGGGCCCAUCUUCCGUAUGUAGAGCUGCUUAAAGAAAAUUUACUACUGCAAUAUCCCAACCUCGCUGCGGUACUCUGCGCGUCCCGCCAUAGUGGCCCUGGUGCGACCGAGUGCAGCCCUCAUCUCUCUGCCCAGAUAGCGGCGAAGGAUUCCGUGCAGGCGCUUUCGGAUGAUGCGCUUGCCGAACUUCUGGAAAAACGCUCCUUGCCUACCGUACACGACGGACGCAGUCUGUGGUUUUCUGCAAAAGACAUACUUCAACAUGGUGGUAUCGUGGAUGUGAACGCAACCCCAGUUGAGGUGACUUGUCUUAAAGCAUUAACCUAUGCUCAUGUGAGCAACAACAAUUACGUCGAGCGAGGAGGGGAGAACUAUUUGGGAAUAAAAGCACAUGAGCAAUGCUUCAGGCGAAUGAUGUAUAAUGUGGAUUGUUUAGUGAACCCAGAUGAGGGGUACAAGGUUGUAAAUCAGUGUCCAUUCUUACGUAAUGAUCAUUAA